AUGUUCGAUUUCGACGAGAUUGAGGAGAAGCUGCAGCAGCAAGCAGCUGCUUCUAAUCCUGCCCAUGCCCCCUCCAUUGAUGGUGAGUGGGAGGACAACGAUGGUACCGUGGUCAUCAUCAAGAACCGGCGCAUGCGCGGCCCAGAUGGAGUCGAAGUGGAGGUGACCUUCCCCCGGCCGGAUGCGGUCGUGUUCACGCCCAGCCCCGGUGCUCCGAGCUUUGAGGGCAAGCUGACGGCGUCCGACAGGAUCUCCUGGGAUGAUGGUGCCUCCUGGGUCAGACGGCCCUUGUCGGCGAAAGCGCAAACAGAUCAAAACGGCAGUGGUGCCAAUGCAGCAUCCAACAAAGCCGCCGGAACUCCUGUGCACCAAACAAAGACUUUGGGCGGCGAAAAGGAGAAUCUGGCCGCGAAGGCUGCAGUUCCGGAGAAGCCAAACAGCAAGCUUCAUGACAGCCGUGGCCUCUGUGCGGCUUUUUUUUCUCCCUUGUGGGCCGAGCCCUCGAAGUCCACCGCCCGGAUCCCGCGGGUCGACGACUCAGCAGGCACAAGUAAGCCAAGUAAGCCCUCUUCGGGCUACAGCUCUUCGCGUACCCCCACCACGGACAAGAAGGCCGCCACGAAUAGCAGUGGCGAAGCUGGCCGCGAUUCAGCCUGGCACUACGAGCGCUUUGAGGUAACGAAACCCAUCGUCUUCGUCCGGGAAAGCCCCGGCCUGAACACGGCGAAGGUUGCCCAGGUGACACGAGGCUGCGUGGUCUCUGGACGGGUGCAAGAGACAGGGUGGCUCUGCUUGGAUCAAGACAGCCGUGCGUCCGCAAAUGUGCCCGAGCAUGCCAAGGGCGCGUACAUGCUCAUUGAUGGCAGAAAUCAUGGGCUUGGCAUACUCCUGGAGUCGCGCGGCUGCCAGGGCAGCUCCAAGGGCUCCUUCGCUUCGCCCCUGGAGUUUCUGGCGCUGAGAAACCUCCAAGUGAGAGCCCGGCCGAGCCUCAGUUCUCCCUCGACAGGGCAUGUGGCUGAAGGCUCACAGGUGCAAGGUUAUCCUGGUGCUGAAUCCUGGCUGGAGUUGGAGGGUGGCGGCUUCCUGCCGAUCGUGGACAAGACCGCCUCCGCCAAUUCCGAAAGCCAGGACUGCUUGCAGCUGCAGGGCGCGCUCCAGGCAGCGGUGCCACAGACAUUUGCGGAGGCUGUCGUUGCCAGGUGGGAGCCGCUCCCGGCCGCUGCAGCAACGCGAGUCGAGUACAGCCUGGAGUGGCAAGAUGCCCAAGAGCCGGACCGCCAUGGUCGUGUCAGCUUCUCCAGGAAGUGCCAGGCACAUGUUCGGUCUCUCCCACCUUCCACCACGAUUCAGCUUCGAGUCGUGUCUCGAGUUUUCGCCCCGCUUCCCGGAGGAAACCCGGGAGCCAAAGGCAAGGAGGACCCGGCGUCUCGGUCAUGGCAGGAUCAUCGCCUAGUCGGUCGGUGGCUCUACGGUGCCAAGCCCUCAGAGUACCGAAUCGGACGCAGAUCUGAUGGCUUGCUAGUCUUCAUGGGCCCCCACGCUUCGGGAGCGACUGUGAUGGGCGUGCUGGAACCUGAAGGCCACUGGCUGCAGGCAGAGCUAGCCUCUGCCAGUGGCGACAUAGUGGGUCACAUUCGCUUAUUCUAUGACGAGGAGGAGGACGCUGUCAUCUCCAACUUCAAGAACAUCCAGAAUGUGGAUUGGGGAAGAGACAUUGCUGCGAAGAAGGGUGGUGACGAAGAAAUCUUGACCACAGUAGUCGGACGGUGGGUGCAGGCACGGACAGCAGCUGCCAUUACAGACCAGGACGAGGAGGACUUCUGCUACGACGCCUUCUGCAACAAACGAGGCAAGUGUCAGAGAUGCCCCUGUCAGAUCUUCGUCCUGUCUGAGCACCUCAUGAACCAAGAGAUGCUUUGCAGGCGCUGCGGCUGUGCUGCGAUCCAUCACGCCAAAGUCGGCAAGUUCCGGUUUCACGAGGGCCAGAAAGGAAAAGACUCGGAAGAUGCCAGCAGCACAGCAAGGCCCCCGCAGAAAACGGCGAUGGAUGAAAUACCAAGCCGAAGGUGGAGCCUGGAUGAUGCCACCGCGGGCGAGGAGAUCGUUGAGUUCAUCAUCAGGCAGCUGGAGCUGGCCAAGAACCUCUACGAGGUUCUCGGGGUGGCUCCCAGUUCUUCGGCCCUUGAGAUUCGCCAGGCUUAUCGGGCCAUCUCACUCAGAGUGCAUCCGGACAAGAUCAAUGCGCAAGCGCAGAGCGAAGACGAGCAGAGCCAGAGCUUGUCAGCCCUUGCAGAAGACGCAUUCAAACUGGCCUCCUCGGCUUAUGAAGUGCUGAAUGAUGAGAUCGAGCGAAGAUCGUACGAUCGACAGCUGUACUUGGACUGGGUGCGCCCACUGCUGUUUGCAAGAAGCUUCGGCCCUCAGCUUCUGCUUCUGCAAGUGCUAAAAGCCAUCUCGCUGGCCAUGCUUGCGCAGAAAGCCAUGCCUCAGAUCCGUCAGAGCUUGGACAGAACACACAACCUCGAGCAGGGUAGGGGAAGCUUGGAUUUUCUACGGCUGAAGUGCGCAGCACGGCACGCUCUGAGGCUAUGGCCCAUUGCGGGGGUCUUCGGCCUAUUAGGACGCCAGCUGGCCAUCCUCCUGGGCAAGACCUCCCUGGCCCGGAAGGAUGCGGAGCCACUUCUGGCGAGCCGGACAUGGGAGGCCUUGCGCGAGGGACGUGACCCUUUCCAGCCGGAAGGCUCGUCAAAGCGCUUGCAGCGGAUGCUCGCUGAGCUUGCCUUGACCAUGGAGCCCGUGGCAGCGCCCCAUGUGGAGAGCACGGAGAGCAGCGACAGCACCUGUAAAAUGCUCCUUCGCCUUGAAGAUGAUCUGUCAGUUGAGUGCGUCCUCAUACGGAUGGCCAAGCAUUCCAGUCUCUGUGUCUCGAGCCAGGUAGGCUGCAAGCAGGCAUGCGUUUUCUGUGCAACAGGUAAGCUUGGCGAGGUCCGGAAUCUAACCACACACGAAAUCCUCGCACAAGUUUGGCUGGCCCAGCGUCAGGCCCGGGCUCUCGACUGGCCGAAAGUACGAAAUCUUGUGUUCAUGGGCAUGGGCGAGCCUACCAACAACUUGGAUUCAGUGUCUAGAGCGCUCGAGCUACUCACUGACAACACCAGCUUUCACAUGUCGCGUUGGUACAUCACAGUAUCAACGGUUGCACCUUCUCCGGCCCAGAUUCUGAGUCUCUCUGAGCUGCCAUGCAAGUUGGCGUGGUCGGUGCAUGCAGCAACGGACGUCUUGCGCCGUAAACUGGUGCCAAGCAGCAAGUAUCCGCUGGCUGAUCUGCGAGAUGCCUUCUUGAAGUGCUUGCUGCUACGUCCGGAGAGGUUCAGACAACUGAUUUGUGAAGUCGUGCUGCUGGACGAGGUCAACACCGAUCAAGGCCAUGCCAAAGCACUUUCGGAACUAUUGUCCCCCUUUGAAAGGGAAGAACUGCUCGUGAAUUUGAUCCCCUACAACGACAUUCAUGGACUGGUAGCGCGUGGUGCCGCAAUGGACGUGCAGACUGCCCAGCUCAGGGCGCCGACUCUGGACACUGUCCGCAGCUUUCAGCGCUCGCUUUGGCAGGACACUGAAGGCGAAGACGGCAGAGAUCCAGGCAGGCGGGUGGAUGAGUUCUUCAAGAAUCCGACCAUUGGUACCUUCAUGAACUCUCCCUACUACGGUGAGGACGGCGUGUUUGGUAGCAGCGGGACGAUCAAAGAGAAUCCUGCGGGCGGGUUCAGCUUUGAGCUUCCCGGUGGCGGUGGCAUUCAUAUUGACAACGGAAAUGGCUAUCAGCGACGCCGUGGUCUCAGCUUCCAAGCAACCGCGUGGCAAGACAUUAGGUCAGAGCUCCGGGUGCAAAAGGUUCAAAUUCUUGAUUGGAUGGAUUUGGCUUUGGCCCAAUGCCGCAUCUGUGGCCGCAGUCUCUUCUUCCACAGGCGGAAGGGUGCACCGCAGAGACAAGCGCAGAGACAAGCUGCCUUUGAGUUGCGGAGGAUUCAGGACAGGUCUCGUGGUGGAAUUACAAUCAGGCCUCCGACUGCACCCACUGACAUCGAGGAUAAUGAACCAGUGCCAGAGAAAAGCACGCUGGACUGGCUCAAUCUCAACGCGCUUGCGCCCAAAGCCAUCCAGGGAGCAAUUGACAGAAUUCGGCACAACACCCUGGCAAGCAGUGGCGAUGCCGAGGUCCCGAAAGAGAUGGACGGGGAGUUGCUGACAUCUCCCCGUGGCAAGGGCACUGACCAGUCGGCCGGUUCCAUGGGCUAUGCCCGGCCCGCGCGCAAGUCCCUGAGCUCGGCCCUUCGGGCUCGUGGUGGCAUCUCCCGUGGAGUGGCCGGGACGGAGUCUGAUCCGGCCGAAGGGCCCGACGCGGAUGCGCCGGACGUGCCCGAACCGUCCUGGCCCGAAGUUCCUCUUGAUGAGGCCGAGGACACACCGGUUGAAGCCGCAGCGCCCGUGCCCGAGGAGGCGGAGGAGGCAGUGCCGGAGGAGCCGCAGCCUUCGGAAAGUCCUGAGGCUGCAUUCGCGCAGCCUACCGCAGACCGAACGGCAUCAGCGCCCCUUCCCGUCUUGCACGAGGAAGAGGAGGAGGAAUCGACUAUAGCUGCAGCCAUGCCAGUGCAAGUGGAGCAGCCUGAUGAACGGGCUGCUCCAGAUGCGCUUGAUGGACUUGCAGAGGCUGAGGAACUCCCGAACCAGGAGGAACUCCCGGACAGGCAGGAAGUGCCAGCGGAGCUUCUGGACUGA